AUGAGUUCGGAGAGCCUUUUGUUGCAGCAGAUCGGCAACGCUUGCCGUGACGGCUUCCUUAGCGCAGCGGUCGUGGCGGACAUCAAGACCUACUUGGCCGCACCCUUUAGAACGAGCAGCGCUGUUCAUGCUUCCGCUAUCACCGCCACUACUACUACUACUGCUGCUCCCGCUUCACAAGCAGCACCGGCGUUUGGUGUUUCUGGCGCAAUCGGUACUUUUGCUGGCCUUUCAUCCGCCACUGCUUCACAGGUACAACAGCAACAGCAGCGGCUUGCGCUCUUGGGUGCAGUGGGGGAUAGUCCGGCGACUCAGGCUGGUGCACUUGACGUGGUGAACGAGCAUGUGACGCGGGCAAGAUUAAUGCUUAGUCUCCUCGUGCUUUGCGGUGAGCCUGAGCGGUUGGGCGGCGUCAACGACGCGAUAGCGAUCGUCGCAUCGGGUGCAGCCAUCAACAUUCUGCAGUUUAUCAAGGCAGAGGUCUCGCCCGCAGCGUUGUCGCCUCCCAGCCACGGCUCGNUCGGGUGCAGCCAUCAACAUUCUGCAGUUUAUCAAGGCAGAGGUCUCGCCCGCAGCGUUGUCGCCUCCCAGCCACGGCUCGGCCUCCUCCGUCUUCGCCUCGCACGGCAAGUCGAACCCCGUCCUACUCGCCGCGCAGUGCCUCCUGCUGCUCACGCGGCACUUCCAGAUGGAGGAAUCUUUCGUCCGGGAGCUCUGCGGGCUGCUGGAGUUGUUGCUGGAGGAAGUGCGGCGGCACACACACAACACCCCCAUGAACUCGGCGUCGUUUCGCCAGCAUCCAUCUACCGCUGCUAUCUGCGCCGUGACGUGGCUCGUGACGGCAUCGCUUGUGAAUGCCCUGACGGUCUGGAGAAAACUGCGUGA